GCAGGCGUCCACUAACAAGGCUAACUGCUGAUUAAGGUCAGACUGCCAUGCAGCAGACAGACAGAGAAACCAAUAGAUGACAAACAUCGUCCAGUUCGUCAUCCUUCAACUCUGCCAUCAGAGAUCCUUGUUUUUUUUAUUUUGAGACCUUAAAAUUGAUUCAUGUGGCUGACUUUUCAAGGCCUGGAAGACGUGACACACUCGUCUCUUUUACCUGCUAUGUGACAUGUCUGCAUUGGAAUGGGUGGCUGCUGAGAUCACACAAAUAUGAAGAAGACACUGAGGGCUCUCGUCACCUCGACGGUGUUUCACCUUUAGACCAUUCAACCGACCAGACGGUCAGAACCAGCCCUCCCGUGACUCGGACCCAGGCUGAAGACAAUCUGUUGUGCAAAACAGAAAAGAGAGCAGACAAACUCAGACAACCAACAGAGCUCUGAAAAGGGAUUUUUUUUCAACCAGGAUGGCACCUGUGGACAUUUGAUUACAUUCUUUUUGCCCAUUUUAUGUGGAAAUGUAAUGUUUUUUCCCCCAGAGAAAAGUCAAAGUGGAGUGAACACCUUACUGAAUGUUGCUGAGGGAGGUCCACAGAUCUAAGCACAUGAAAGAACACAUUCACAGCGUUCAGGUUUCCCACCCACAGGAAACUGAGUGUCAUCUGUGGAAAGAGAGCUGCAGCUGCAGUGAUGAUGACAGUGAUUCAGAGGAGGAGCUUUAUGGAAUUCCACAGGGGAACUGUGCCACUGACCUGUAUCACCACCCCCAGCUGGAUGCAGACAUGGAGGCAGUCAGGACUUUGUAUUCAGACUCUGCAGUUGCUUUCAGGGACUACGUGUCAAUUGAUGGCGUGGAUGUUGACUUAAACAUUAACUGCAAACUUUUGAAUGGGGAGGUGGCCAAAGCCUGGAGCAUUAAUCCUUCAGAGCCUCUUGUGAUCAGGCUGCAUUUCUCCAUGUCUUUGUAUCUGGAUGGACCUGCACCAUCAGUGGAGGUCUUCCAGCCAUCUCAUACUAAUCAUUUCAGUGCAGUGAGACAGCUACAAAAUAUUCUCACAGUCUUCAUAGCUCAAGAGUGGACGCACCUGACAAAUGACAAAACUGUAGCUCGACGGAAGAGCAAACACAGCUGGUUCAGACCAAGUGGGACCAUAAGGAAGUUUCGAGCGAGACUCAGCAUCUGGCUACCACUUUCAAAAUAUGAUAAGUCGAAUCAGAUCCAGGAACCAGCUCUGAGAGGAAGGACCAAUUUACGAGCCAUGAAAAACCGUUUCACCAACCGCACAAGUUCCUACAACAUCAAGAAUCCAGUGGGAGAGCUUUUUACGUACUCACCCAGUGGAAAGAAGGUGAUGGUCUCAGCCGUCAAAACAUCAGCACAGCUGAGCACCAAACAACUUGUAGAGCUGCUGUUCAGCAAUCAGGCCCUCGGACACUGUAGGAGCACACCAACUCUGCAGCAUGGCUUCUUGGUACAGAUAAUGAGAUAUGCUGAGCAGAGAAUUCCAACCCUGAAUGAAUAUUGUGCUGUUUGUGAUGAACGCCAUGUCUUUCAAAACGGACCCAUGCUUAAGCCAGCGGUUUGCACCAGGGAGCUGUGUGUGUUCUCCUUCAACGUGUUGGGCGUCAUGUCUGGAGCCACUGAGGAGGUUGCAACCGGUGCAGAGGUGAUUGACCUUCUGGUAGCCAUGUGCAGAGCCGCUCUGCAGUCUUCACGCAAAAACAUUAUUUUUGAACCAUAUCCCUGCAUUGUUGAUCCAUCCAACCCAAAAGCAAUGGCUUUCAGUCCCAAGAGAAGGAGCUAUGACAGGCUGCAAAGAGCAUUGAAUGGAGUCUUGUUAGUCAGGAGAAUGACUCAGGGUCCAUAUUCUGAGACAAAAAAGCAGAUGGACAAGAUAGACCCUCUAGCACAUCCGUUACUACAAUGGAUUAUAGCCAGUAACAGAUCACACAUCAUCAAACUUCCUCUAAAGAAGCAACUGAAGUUCAUGCACACACCCCAUCAGUUCCUACUGAUCAGCAGCCCUCCAUCCAAAGAGGCACGCUUUCAAAGUGCCAGGAAACUUUAUGGCAGCACUUUUGCCUUCCAUGGCUCCCACAUUGAAAACUGGCAUUCCAUUUUAAGAAAAGGCUUAAUUAAUGCAUCUUAUACAAAAUUGCAGCUCCAUGGUGCUGCAUAUGGAAAAGGCAUCUAUCUAAGUCCCAUUUCAAGCAUUUCAUUUGGAUAUUCUGAGAUGGGUAAAGGUCAGUACCACAUGCCAACCAAAGAAGAGCUCAUCGAGAAAUACAACAGAGUGAACGAAUUCAAACAGGAACCGCAGGGACAUACCAGAUUUCUGCAAAGCCAUAACCUAAAUUGUGUUGCCCUCUGUGAAGUGAUAACCUCAAAAGAUCUCCAGAAACAUGGGAAAAUUUGGGUGUGUCCUGUAUCCGACCAUGUCUGCACACGCUUCCUCUUUGUGUAUGAAAAUGGUCAGGUGGGAGACAUGCACAUUGACACUCAGGAAGAGGAAAUCCAAAAGGAAAUCUUACAAGUAAUUGGUUCCUGCUGAAACAACCAAAGUACACAAACACCUCUUUUUGAUAUUUAAUGUAAAUCAUCAUUAGCUCAUCAUGCUUUUUAAUUGU